AUGCACGGAGGGCGGAGCCGCGGCCCGGGGACGCGACGCGAACCCAGUUCCGGCGAGGAGGCCGCGCCAGUGACAGCGAUGGCGGCGGAGUCGGCGCUCCAAGUUGUGGAGAAGCUGCAGGCGCGCCUGGCCGCAAACCCGGACCCCAAGAAGCUAUUGAAAUAUUUGAAGAAACUCUCCACGUUGCCUAUUACAGUAGACAUUCUUGCGGAGACUGGGGUCGGGAAAACAGUAAACAGCUUGCGAAAACAUGAGCAUGUAGGAAACUUUGCCAGAGAUUUAGUGGCCCAGUGGAAGAAGUUGGUUCCUGUUGAAAGGAACACUGAGCCUGAUGAACAGGACUUUGAGAAGAGUAAUUCCCGAAAGCGCCCCAGGGAUGCUCUUCAGAAGGAGGAGGAGAUGGAGGUGGACUACCAAGAAAACUGGAAAGCCUCUAGUAGCCGAUCCUACAGCCCUGACCACAGACAGAAAAAACACAGAAAACUCUCAGAGCUUGAGAGACCUCACAAAGUCUCUUACAGUCAUGAGAGGCAAGACGAGAGAAAGAGAUGCAACAGGGUCUCACCAGCUUACUCUUCAGACCACGAAUCUUCUGAUUAUGGCCAUGUUCAGUCUCCUCCGUCUUCUACCAGUCCUCAGAUGUGUGUGGACCACUACAGAUCCCCAGAGGAGGACCACGAGCCCAUUGUUCUACACCAGAAGCCUGGAAAAGGCCACAGUAAUGCCUUUCAGGACAGACUGGGGGUCAGUCAAGAACGACACCUGGGUGAACCCCAGAGUAAAGGGGUGGUGAGUCAAAGCAAGGAGCACAAAUCUUCCCACAAGGAAAAACGCCUGUUGGAUGCCAAGGGAGAUGAGAAGUCCUCCGCUGUGAGCAGAGAGAAAUCACACAAGGCUGUUUCCAAAGAGGAAAACCGAAGGCCGCUCUCAGGUGAUAGCACAAAGGAGAAGCCACCCCCUAGUGGUGCCAAGAAAGAGAGGGAAAGAGAGGGCAGCAGCAUCAAGAAGAAGUCUUUACCCCCCUUGGAGGUUGCUUCAGAUAACCACCUUAAAAAGCCAAAGCACAAAGACUCAGAGAAAACCAAAUCAGACAAAAAUAAGCAAGGUUUAGACAGCUUAGACAUAGGAAAGGGGGCAGGAGACCUAGUGCCCAAGGUAAAAGAGAAGGUUUCCAACAGUCUAAAGUCUCAAGAAGGGAAACUGAAAACUUCCAGUCUGGAUAGAAAGUCAGCAGGCUCCCUCCCCAAAGCUGAGGAGGCAGAUAUGGAUGACGAAUUCGAGCAGCCCACCAUGUCUUUUGAGUCAUACCUCAGCUAUGACCAGCCCCGGAAGAAAAAGAAAAAGAUCGUGAAAACUUCAGCCACUGCACUUGGAGAAAAAGGACUUAAAAAAAGUGACUCUAAAAGCACUAGUAAAAACCUGGACUCCGUUCGGAAACUACCUAAGAUGAAUGAAAGCAAAUCAGAGAAAUUGCAGCCGUCUGGAGCCGACUCAGCCAAGCUGAAAAAGGUCCCCACCGAUAUAUUGCCAGUGUUGCCAGACCUCCCAUUACCCAUGAUACAGGCCAAUUACCGUCCACUUCCUUCCUUUGAAUUGUUAUCCUCCUUGCAAACAAAGCGAAAAGCACUCUCUUCACCCCAGGAAGAGGAAGAAGCUGGAUUCACUGGACGCAGAAUGAAUUCUAAGAUGCAGGUGUAUUCUGGUUCCAAGUGUGCUUAUCUCCCCAAAAUGAUGACCUUGCACCAGCAGUGCAUCCGCGUACUGAAAAACAACAUCGAUUCAAUCUUUGAAGUGGGAGGAGUCCCAUAUUCUGUUCUUGAACCCGUUUUAGAGAGGUGUACACCUGAACAGCUGUAUCGCAUUGAGGAGUACAAUCAUGUAUUAAUUGAAGAAACAGAUCAGUUAUGGAAAACUCACUGUCACCGAGACUUUAAGGAAGAAAGGCCAGAAGAGUAUGAGUCGUGGCGGGAGAUGUACCUGCGGCUGCAGGAUGCCCGAGAGCAGCGGUUACGAGUACUGACAAAGAAUAUCCGGUCUGCACAUGCCAAUAGGCCCAAAGGCCGACAAGCAAAGAUGGCCUUUGUCAACUCUGUGGCCAAGCCGCCUCGUGACGUCCGAAGGAGGCAGGAAAAAUUCGGAACAGGGGGAGCAGCUGUCCCUGAGAGAGUCAAGAUCAAGUCUGACCUGUAUGCCACAGGAAGCAGCCACACUCCCUCCAGCAGUGGCAGCAGCAACAGCUUUAACCCCUCCACUGAGGAGCCAGCCUACGACGGCCCGAGCACCAGCAGUGCCCACUUGGCGCCGGUGGUCAGCAGCUCUGUCUCCUAUGAUCCUAGGAAACCGGCUGUGAAGAAAAUUGCCCCGAUGAUGGCCAAGACAAUUAAAGCUUUCAAGAACAGAUUCUCCCGACGAUAGACUGAGGACUUGCCUGGGAGACGGAACUGGGGGGGAGGAGGGGGGAUACAAGGGCAGUGGAAGUUGAGGAAUGGAACUUCCCAAGACGACCAGAAUCUUUUUGUUCUGUGGAACCUUUUGGUCUUGGAUCCUGCAGUUUCCAGGUGCUGCACUUAUGAACCUGUGUGCCACAGCCACUGCCUCCCUGCCUGGAGAACCCUUCAGAAUUCUGAAGAAGAUGUGAAGCCUCAGUCUGACUGAGGAUUUUAAGGUUUAAGGUCAAUUAUACUUUUGUUGUUAACUAGCCUCUUUGUAAAGUAUAAGACAUAGUUUUAAUUAAUAAAUAUUGUCCCCAGAUUGUAUUUAUAUUACCCCCAGUAUUUUUUUUGGGGUCCUCUACCAAACAGUUUUUACUUUCAGAGGCCUUCAUUAAAUUUAGGACAAAAGCUUGGGGAAAGCCAUUCGUGUCUCAGUUCAGCUCUCCUGAGUGAACUCAGGUCCAGAGGGAGAGCUGGGCAUCCCCAGAGCCUGCGUGGUGCCUGCUGCGCUCGGUGAGGACCGGGUCCAGAACUGCCCUGGAGGGGGGCGGGGCGUGUUGGACCCCUCACCUCAGAGGCCCUUCUCAGUGUUGCUUGGAGUUCCUAUGCAGGUGCAUCUCUUACUCAUCAACUAGUAUUUAUUAAGGGAGGUUUGUUUGUAAAGGUCGAGAGUCUACCAUCCUUUUUUUUUUUUUUUUUUGAGGCCCACUGGAGGACACAGAAUCUGUGGGAGACUGGUUUGCACAGAACCCCAGCAUUUUUACAAUUUCCAGUUUUUGCCUCAAGAUUUUAGGUUUCUUUUCCCCUUCCCUAUUCUUCCUUCUCCCCACUAGCAUGGGGAAAAAAACAGAUACAUGGCAGUGCUUCUUGUGGCUCCAAAUAAGACUUUAGAGUUGUAAAAACCAGCACUUCAAUCUCUUGUUCCCUGUGAAUUAACUGCUACCAGAAGUGAAUGGUUUUAGAAGUUGUAAUGCUACAUUGGAAAUUGGUUUUGUUUUGCCUUUUUUAAAAAAGGUAAGAUCAUGUGAUUGGAAGAGCACAACAAUUUGCUAUGUUUUUUAGACAGCUGAAGCUCUCUCUGCCCUUUGAGCAAUCAAGGCAGAAUUUGGAAGGAAGGGCCAAGCAGGGAAAGUGUCUGAGCUGCAGUGUCAGGGUGGGUGGAAACCGCAAGGGCGUUGCAUUUGGGAAGGGAGAAUCUCGCUUUUCAGUUGACAUGGGAGCAAGAUCAGGAUGGGGAGGGCAGUGCCGGUACCCUCCGUGGCUGUUGAAGAACACGGGUUUAGUAGGAAUCCACUCGAUUGUGACCCAAGUUGGAGUAAAUGCUAUAAUUUGAGAUGCCCGUGCUUAGAGGCAGAGUGAGGGGUGGUUAGUGCGGCAGUCCGAAGAGCUUUCGCAAAGCCCAGAGUACAGGCUCCCUAUUUUUAAACCUCCUGGAGACCUCAGAUAGGCUAACGUUGAAGAUUCCAAGCAGCGCAGGGAAUCUUCUGUGAGUGUGUUUCUGAAGGGUGCCAGAGCUCUGCGUCACAGUGCACAGUGCCAGCGGGACACAGAUUGCUGUGUUUUAAUUUGCAUUCUGCAUUUUUGAAUCGGGUAAAGCAUUAUUUCUCUUGAUCGCUUGUAUUACCAUCCCACCCUUGUCCCACAUCUUGCUCCCCAAAUCUGAUACUAGGAAGCCUCUUACCUGAAACCAAAUGAAAAUUCGGGACAGGUGCAGACAUCUGUUGCCUAGGAUAGCUUCCUUCAGUUCCCACCCCACCACCCCCCGCCUUGAAUUUGUCUCAGCUGUGUGUUCAAGUCUUCGUCAUUGAAACCAGUUUCCCCUAUUUCAGAUUUAGUUGUGUAUGAUUUAAUUUCUUUUAUUAGGAAUCUUUAGGCAGGGAGGGAAGAAAGGACACGUAUAUCAUAUUUGUUCAUCCCAGCAUCAAUAUCCAUUUUUGGCACAUGAAGAGUUUUUGAUCACCCCUGUCUGCAUAGAG